GGAAGGGCAGAGGUGAUGCUAGGAUUGAAGUGGCCAGCUGCGCAUCGGGCUGGCCCGGUCCUUCCAGAGUCUUGGGGAGACCCAGAGCACGGCCAGUGUCCCCCCACCCCGGUUUCUCCUUUGGGGCUGGCGGAGGAGGGGAGGCCUUUCUGGCCACAAGAGAAACCCUUGUUCCCAAAUCUCUGCGGCCCCAGAGCUGCAGCUCCUGUGUGGCUCCUGGGACGCAGGGAAAGGGGGUCCCUUGAGCCCCCCGCCCCGUGCCGCGCACCCCACGCCCGCUCCACGCGCGCCCCCGAGCCCGCCCAGCUCUACAUCUUUAAGGGGAAAGGCGCGCUCCCGCCGCUCUGCGCACGACACUGCUCCAUUCCCUCCCUCCCCCCUUGGCUCGGUCCUGCAACUUCCCGGCCAGCUCGGGGCGCCGGGCGGGGUGGGGGGUGCGCGCCUAAAAUCCAGCCCCGGCCCCUCCGUGUCCAGCAACGGCCCAGCCCCCGUCGUCACCACCUCCCCUUGGCGCGGGCGGGACACUUGCGGUGGGGGCGUCGGGGGCCCACGAGGACCCAGGCUGGGGAUGAGUUCCACCCGUUCAUCGAGGCGCUGCUGCCGCAUGUGCGCGCCUUCGCCUACACCUGGUUCAACCUGCAGGCGCGGAAGCGUAAGUACUUCAAGAAGCAUGAGAAGCGGAUGUCCAAGGACGAGGAGCGGGCCGUGAAGGACGAGCUGCUGGGCGAGAAGGCCGAGGUGAAGCAGAAGUGGGCGUCGCGGCUGCUGGCCAAGCUGCGCAAGGACAUCCGGCCCGAGUGCCGCGAGGACUUCGUGCUGGCCAUCACGGGCAAGAAGGCGCCGGGCUGCGUGCUGUCCAACCCCGACCAGAAGGGCAAGAUGCGGCGCAUCGACUGCCUGCGCCAGGCCGACAAGGUGUGGCGCCUCGACCUGGUCAUGGUCAUCCUGUUCAAGGGCAUCCCGCUCGAGAGCACGGACGGCGAGCGGCUGGUGAAGGCUGCGCAGUGCGGCCACCCGGUGCUCUGCGUGCAGCCGCACCACAUCGGCGUGGCCGUCAAGGAGCUGGACCUCUACCUGGCCUACUUCGUGCGCGAGCGAGAUGCCGAGCAGAGCAGCAGUCCCCGGGCGGGGAUGGGCUCGGAGCAGGAAGACAGCAAGCCCAUCACGCUGGACACAACUGACUUCCAGGAGAGCUUUGUCACCUCCGGCGUGUUCAGUGUCACCGAACUCAUCCAAGUGUCUCGGACACCGGUGGUGACCGGAACAGGUCCCAACUUCUCUCUGGGAGAGCUGCAGGGGCACUUGGCCUACGACCUGAAUCCAGCCAGUACCGGCAUGAGAAGAACGCUCCCCAGCACCUCUUCCAGCGGGAGCAAGAGGCACAAAUCGGGCUCCAUGGAGGAAGACGUGGACACGAGCCCUGGCGGAGACUACUACACUUCUCCCAGUUCUCCCACGAGUAGCAGCCGCAACUGGACGGAGGACAUGGAAGGAGGCAUCUCCUCCCCAGUGAAGAAGACGGAGAUGGACAAGUCCCCAUUCAACAGCCCAUCCCCCCAGGACUCGCCCCGCCUCUCCAGCUUCACCCAGCACCACCGGCCUGUCAUCGCAGUGCACAGCGGGAUCACCCGGAGUCCCCACCCGCCCUCCGCCCUGCACUUCCCCACGACCUCCAUCCUGCCCCAGACGGCCUCCACCUACUUCCCGCACACAGCCAUCCGCUACCCACCCCACCUCAACCCCCAGGACCCACUCAAAGAUCUCGUCUCGCUGGCCUGCGACCCGGCCAGCCAGCAGCCCGGACCGUUAAACGGAAGUGGCCAGCUCAAAAUGUCCAGUUACUGCGUCCCCACCUCGAUGCUGGCCCCUCCGCCCCUGGCGCUGUCCCCGGCUACCAAACCCACUGCCACCUCCCAGCGACGAGCCACACCGCAGAUCUCGCCCACCUACGCUCCGCCCGACACGCCCCCUGCAAACCGUUCCUUUGUGGGAUUAGGACCAAGGGAUCCUGCGGGCAUUUAUCAGGCACAGUCCUGGUACCUGGGGUAGCCGAGGUCUCCGCUGGCUCCACGCCUCCUCCAUCAUCCCGGGCAUCUCGGGGCAGCACCGCCAGCCCCCCCUCCCCCUGCCCACAUUUUCGGUGGAAAAUCAGAGCGAGCAAAAAGCACCCUGCCGAGUCCCAGCCCGGCCAAAAAGACACCACACAGACCUAUGCACGCAGAAGGAAAAGAAAAGAGGGGAGAAAAGGAAAAAAAAAAAAAAAGACAAACAAAAAAAUAAGAAAAAAAAAACCCCACCCAACCAAGAAGACAAAA